AUGGACUCGCGGCACUUCAAUGUUUUCUUUGCCACCUACAGAGCGUUUGCAGAGCCGAUAAAUGUACUGGACAGGUUGUUGCGUCGCUACGAGUCGCUUGAGAACGAAGUAAAUUCGAGCACAUCCGCUCUUGUUAUACAAAACUCCAUCCGAUCGAUACUGAUCUGUUGGUUGGACAUGUACCCAGAAGACUUUUACGAUCCUGACUGUGACUUCUCCAUGCUCACCAAUUUGCUGGAUUUCGGUCAACGCAGCCGAUUAUCAGAUCUGCGAGCGAAAUCGAGGAAGCUUCUGGAGCGCUUCAAGCAUAUUCAAGAAGAAGGCGGGAUGAUAGCCGCACUUCCCUCUUUGGAUCAGCUUGCCUCUGCCUUCGGCUACGAUGCAUCGGAGUACUCCAGGAAUCCACAAGAGAGAGUAAAAAUGUUCGACGUGGGGAACGAGAAUUGUGUGCAAAUUGCUGAGCAGCUGACGUUCUGGGAUGCGGAGCUUUUUCGCGAACUCAUUAUCCAUCAAUGCCAAGGAUGUGUGUGGUCGAAAAGGCAUAGGCUACCGAAUGAGAAAGUAUACACCGUCAAAGCAACCAUAGAUCAGGUAUUAAGUUAUAAAAUAUGGUUAAUAAUGGCGUUCAUUUUGUUGGUGGUGUCGCGGUUCGAUUGCAGUACCUUUCAGUUAUUCUUUUGGUCCUUCAAAGAAAUACUGUUAUCUGACUGGCAUUCUUUUCAAAUUUAUGUCAUCUGUUACAUUUAGUG